AUGAAUGCUCAAGCAGGUCGUCUGAGCUCCUUGGAAUCAUCUUUGGGCGGUCGAUUCGGUGUCGAUGCUCGCCGCACAGACAACGGCGGUCGCCUCCUUCAUUUAUGUGCUGAUCAUGAACUGUUUCUGGCAAGUCUUCAAAGCCCUGGUGUUCAGUUCGUUGCUGGUGCGAAUGUUGUUGAUCUGGAGUACGCAGAUGACAUUGUCUUAAUCUUCGAAGACAAAGGCGAAGCAUACGCGCUGUUGAGUGAACUGACCGCCAUCAUGCUAUCUUUCGGCAUGCGUCUUUCACUUUCAAACUGCAAGGUCCUGCUUCAGAACUUGCUGUCUUUGAACAUACCCUUACAGCUUAAGAUACUUGAAAAUUUGAGCAUGUCCCGGUUUAUACCUCCGUUCAACAUACCUACUUCGCUCCAACCAAGUAACUUCUACACAUCAGAUGCUAAAGAUGCUGUGUUCAACUUCACUGGAGUCCGGACUACUCCUGCUAUAGUAGAGCGCAGCUGUGCCUAUGCACCAGCGCCACCUGGUUCCACGUUGCGAGAAAAACGGAAAUCGGAGAGCAUUACACCCGGGUCGGAAGAGGAUGUACCGCCGCUCAAAGUAUACCUGAGCGAGACUGCUAUGUCGAACCACUUCGCGGAAAUGCGACUCUCAACUCAGGACGGUGAGUGCCUCGUAUCCACUACACCGGAUCGGACGUCUUCACAAGCUCUGACUGGCGCAGAUUUUGAUGAUCUUGGGCUGCCUGUAGAUCAGGAUACAGACCAACCCGCAGAUGGAGGUGAUGAUACCCCGGUUUUUGAAUUAUCCCAGUGUUUGAAAGACCACUUGAAAGAAUUUCCGCCAGAGUAUCCUAAGGAGAAACUGUUGCGGAAAAUUUCUGACGCUGAGAGGGAUACUUUCUAUCGAGAAUUAUCCGGGCUCAUUCGCCAAGCAAUAAGCACUGAGUCUGUGAACAUUGCGGAUUAUGUGAAUCCCCAACUCGGUCAUGUGAUCUUUUUGGAAUCACAUUUAGACGACUUAGAACCACUCCUCGAGUUGUGUGCUGACCAUCAUCUGUUUGACGAGUACGAUUUUUCGACGUAA